AUGCUCAAAUUCGCAGUAUCCGUAUUAUUCUUUGGUGCAAUAUUUUUACUUACAAAUACCAAUGGUUUUUUUCUUCAUUCUACACCAAAGUGUCAAGUUGCACUUUAUAAAGGUGGUAAAGAUUUCGGUGGUGAAAAAAUAAUGGCUAACAAAACAUUCGUACCAUAUUUAAAAACAGUUGGUCAAGUAGCUAAAGCUUGUAAAGUUAAAGUUUUUGUUACAGAAUCAUAUAAACAAUUAAAAACUCCAAAUGAAUUUGUUUUAUCAACAGAAUUACCAUUAGCACUUGGACAUGCAAUUCGUUUUAAUUUACAAGAUCCAAAAGGUGGUACUGUAUGUAAUAAAUUAUGUAUGACAGCACGUUCAUGGAAAACAAUUCCUGAAGCUACUUGUUUUAUUAAUGGUGUUACCAAGAAAGGUAUUCAUUUUAAAGAACCAGAUCUUAUUUAUGAUGAAAAAGUAACAAAAUUAAGUGCAGCUGAUGCUGAAGCAGCUAAAGUCGGAACACAAAAAUUAUGUGCACCAAAAGUCAAACCAGACAAGAAAGGUUAA